GGUUCUGGCUCCCAGUGAACAAGUGCACAUUGCAGGCAAAGAGCAACUUCACAGUAAGUCACAGUCUUGAUGUCAACCUGUGUCUGUGUGUAUGUGAACAUGCAAGUAGUGCAGCAUCCACCUGGAUGUCAGGCCAACUGAGAGGAGUUGGUUUUCCCCUUCUACCACGUGGGUUCCAGGGACUGAACUCCCAUACCAGGCUUGACAAGUAGUGCUUUUGCCUGCUGAGUCACUGCGGGAGCACAGCAGAUUACAGUUUAAAUCAAAACAAGAAAAAGAGUCAUCAUUCUUUGGCAAAGUUUAUCUGUCACAAAGGAGCAGGAAUGAGUCCUUCCCGGGGCUGGAGAGAUGCUCAAGCCCUUGUUGCUCUUCCAGAGGUCCCAGGUUCCGUUCCCAGCGCUCAUACGGUGUCCUACAACUAUCUUCUAACCGCCAAGGGCACCAGGCACACAUAUGGCGCACAGACAUACAUGCAGGCAAAACACCCAUACACAUAAUAAAAUAAGUCUUUAAAAAAUGUUUCAAGCCAGGCGAUGGUGGAGCACUUGUUUAAUCCUAGCACUUGGGAGGCAGAGGCAGGCAGAUCUGUGAGUUCGAGGUCAUCCUGGUCUACGGAAAGUUCUAGGACAGCCAGCACUGUUCCCAAUAUCUAGUUAACCUGUGCCAAUCACCCUUCUAAAUUCUGCCCUGCAGGGACCCGUGUCCUUCAAGGAUGUGACCGUGGACUUCAGUCAGGAGGAGUGGCAGCACCUGGACCCUGCUCAGAAGACUCUGUAUACAGAUGUGAUGUUGGAAAACUAUGGCCAUCUCCUCUCUGUAGGGUGUGACAUGUCUAAACCCGAUGUCAUCCUCAGAUUGGAGCGAGGGGAAGACCCCUGGGCAUCAUUUGCAGGUCAUGUCUGCUUAGAAGAAAAUUGGAGCCCAAGAGAGAUUUUAAUGAAAUUCAAAGAACACCGUGAUACAUACCCUAGAUCAUUUGUGUAUGUGAACUAUAAAGAACUGGCUAAGAAGAGUAGUAUGUAUCUUGUCAAUCCCAAAGACCUACCUCCUGAAUGUGACACCUGUGGAGACAUUUUAGAAAGUGUUUCAGAAUUAAUCAACAGUAAUCCAAGCCCUGCAAGGAAGAGACAGAGUGAGUAUGAUGGAUAUCGGAAACCAUGCCCAAAUUCCAUGCGAGACACGGGACAUCCGGCAUUCAAAUUCCAUACUCCAAGGGGCAAGGCUUGCGGUCACAGUGUUGAACCCAGACAUGAGAAAGCAGGCGCUCCAGGACAGCCAUUUGGACGUGAGGACUGGGAACAGUCAUCUCUUAGAAAGAGGAAUCCGUCUGUGCAUAACAAAAGGGAAAGAGGAACAAAUACUGAAAAGAACCACAUCUGCACAGAAUGCGGGAAGUCCUUCUGCAGGAAGUCAGUGUUGCUUCUGCACCUGGCAGUUCACACACAGGAAAAGCCUUAUCAGUGCCCUCAGUGUGGAAACGCAUUCAGAAGGCGGUCAUAUCUCAUUGACCACCAGAGGACUCACACCGGGGAGAAGCCCUUUGUUUGCAAUGAGUGUGGGAAGCCCUUCCGCCUGAAGACAGCCCUGACGGAUCACCAGAGGACACACACAGGGGAGAGGUCGUAUGGAUGUCCACAGUGUCAGAGUGCCUUCAGGUUGAAGUCCCACCUCAUCCGUCAUCAGAGGACUCACACGGGAGAAAAACCGUAUGAGUGUACUGACUGUGGGAAGGCCUUCCGCCAGAAGACGACGCUCUCCCUCCAUCAGAGAAUUCACACAGGCGAGAAACCCUAUGUUUGUAAAGACUGUGGGAAAUCGUUCCACCAGAAAGCAAACCUCACUGUCCACCAGAGGACUCAUACAGGGGAGAAGCCCUACAUUUGUAAGGAAUGUGGGAAGUCGUUCUCCCAGAAAACAACACUUGCUCUUCAUGAGAAAACUCACAGCGAGGAGAAGCCCUAUAUGUGUAAUGACUGUGGGAAGACCUUCCGCCAGAAAACAACCCUUGUGGCCCAUCAGAGGACGCAUACCGGGGAGAAAUCGUACGCGUGUCCUCGCUGUGGGAAGGCCUUUAGAAUGAAGUCAUACCUCGUUGACCACCACAGAACCCACACCGGCGAAAGACCGUACGAAUGUGACAAGUGUGGGAAGUCCUUCAGUCAGAAGACCAAUCUCAACCUACACCAGAGGAUUCACACUGGGGAGAAACCCUAUGUUUGCAGCGAGUGCGGGAAGCCCUUUCGGCAAAAAGCAACGCUCACUGCACACCAGAAGAUCCAUACGGGGCGGAAGUCCCAUGAGUGUCCUCAGUGUGGGACAGCCUUCAGCAGGAAGGCUUACCUUGUUCAUCAUCAACGAACUCACACGGGGGCGAAGCCCUAUGUGUGUAACAACUGCAGCAAGUCCUUCAGCUAUAAGAGAAACCUCCUUGUCCACCAGAGGCUUCAUAGGGAGAAUACGGAAAUGGAACAGGAGAGCCAAGUGGCGUCUGUGCAGUCUUCCCGUGACUGGAAGCCUGCCGUUCCGGGAGGAAAAACAUGCUUCCACAUGUCAUAAGUGACUGACGUUCCAUCCCUCAGCACUGUUUACUACUUCCCAGUGUGUGCGGUAGAUACAGGCAUUGCUGAACUGGGUCAGCUGUGAAGAUGAUCUGUAACCUUUAGACGGUCCGGCUGACUUUGAAUACUACAUUCAAAAAAUACUUCUAGUUUUAGAGCUACCUGACCUACACGCCAGCGUCCAAGCCAGCAGUGCUGUAUCGGGGAGACCCUCUCAAAGCAACAAAAAAAAAUGUAUAAUACAUGUAGGAACACGUUAGAAAAUGGUUAUCAGCAUUAAUUACUAUACGAGAAUAAGAAUGAGCCAUCUCAUUGUAUUCUGUAUUACUAGAAAGUAAUUACUGCUUUCUCUGUGAUAAGCAUAUUCACAUAUUUAAUUUUUGUUUUUUGAGUUAGGGUUUCUCUGUGUGGCUCUGACUAUCCUGGAACUAACAGAGAUCCGCCUACCUCUAAUUCAAGUGCCGGGAUUAAAGGUGUGCGCCACCACAGCCUGGCUCAUGUUCUUAAACUUGAAGUCCGCUUUAUCAUGCGUCUUGGAUUUAACAUCCUAUUUAAAGAUUGGUACGUUACUGCAUGUGUCAUUUGUACAUUUUAAUAUUUUAUUUAAAGUAUAUCUCUAGUUGUCUUAUUUCUGGAUAUUUAUAUUUUUGAUAACUUUGUCAUAAAA